AGACGUGGAAGAAAGACUUUGUCUUGGAGCUAACUCCUGAGCAUUUUUGAGAUCAUUCAUCAUGAAGUAUGUAGUACAGGAAUGGCUCAGAAUAACUAUCUUGCUAUUCAUAGCUCAAGCAGUUUCUGCAAUGAUUCUUCCCAAUGCCACGCUCUUAGAGGAACUUUUGGAAAAGUACAUGGAUGAAGAUGGUGAGUGGUGGAUCGCCAAGCAGAGAGGGAAAAGGGCUAUCACAGACAGUGAUAUGCAAAGUAUCUUGGAUCUUCAUAAUAAGUUACGGGGUCAGGUGUAUCCACCAGCUUCCAAUAUGGAAUAUAUGACAUGGGACACAGAACUGGAGAGAUCUGCAGAGUCAUGGGCUGAAACCUGUCUUUGGGAGCAUGGACCAGCAAACCUUCUUCCGUCAAUUGGACAGAAUUUGGGGGCACAUUGGGGAAGGUACAGACCUCCAACAUUUCAUGUCCAAGCAUGGUAUGAUGAAGUGAGAGAUUUCACGUAUCCCUAUCCUCAUGAAUGCAAUCCAUAUUGUCCAUACAGAUGCUCUGGUCCUGUUUGUACACAUUACACACAGGUUGUUUGGGCUACAAGUAGCAGAAUUGGUUGUGCAAUUAAUUUGUGUCAUAACAUGAACAUCUGGGGACAGAUUUGGCCAAAAGCAGUCUAUCUUGUAUGCAAUUAUUCUCCUAAGGGUAAUUGGUGGGGUCAUGCUCCUUAUAAACCUGGUCGCCCUUGUUCCGCAUGUCCCCCUAGUUUUGGAGGAGGUUGUAGAGAAAAUCUUUGUUACAGAGAGGAUUCAGAAAGACCUUAUUCUCCCCAUGAACCAGAAGAGGAAACCAACGAGAUUGAACGUCAACGAUCCAAAGCCCAGGAUGCAACAGUGCAAAGCCGGCCAAGAACACAUUCACCUUCGGCCUCCACAGGCACUGAUGACAGUGAGAAAAAUGAAGUAAUAAGCACGCAGCAAAUGUCUCAGAUUGUCUCAUGUGAAGUAAGGCUGAGAGAUCAGUGCAAAGGAACAACUUGCAAUAGGUAUGAAUGUCCUGCUGGCUGUUUGGAUAGCAAAGCCAAAGUUAUUGGAAGUGUACAUUAUGAAAUGCAAUCCAGUAUUUGUAAAGCUGCCAUACAUUAUGGCAUCCUAGACAAUGAAGGUGGUUGGGUUGAUGUCACUAGGCAAGGGAGGAAAAACUACUUUAUCAAGUCUUAUAGAAAUGGCAUUCAGUCAAUUGGAAAAUACCAGUCAGCUAAUUCCUUCACUGUCUCUAAAGUAACAGUUCAGGCUAUUACCUGUGAAACAACAGUGGAACAACUCUGUCCAUUUCAAAAACCAGCCUCACACUGUCCAAGGGUGUAUUGUCCUUACAACUGUAUGCAGGCAAAUCCACACUACGCUCGUGUCAUUGGUACACGAAUUUAUUCUGAUGUAUCCAGUAUCUGCAGAGCAGCACUACACGCUGGUGUAGUCCGCAACCAGGGUGGUUAUGUUGAUGUUAUGCCAGUAGACAAAAGAAAGGUGUAUGUUGCUUCCUUUCAAAAUGGAAUAUAUUCAGAAAGUUUACAGAAUCCUCCAGGAAGCAAGGCAUUCAGAGUAUUUGCUGUUGUUUGAAUCUAGCAAGUAAAAUGUAAAACAGGCAAGUGAAACCAGAACACUUGGAAAAGAGUAAUACAGGCCAUUUCUUAUAAUUCCUAGAAUUUGUAUAAAGCUGUAACAUUAUUGUACAGAAGAUGUAUACUGCUUUCCACCAAAAAGUUUAAAUUACAUAUAUAUCUUAAUGAAAAAAAUCUGUAAAAAUAAACAUGGGAGAAAAAUUCAUUUGAAAAUCUAUAAUGAUAUAUAACACUGCUUUGAAUCCUGUGUUAAAUAUUGCUAUAUUUUCUUAGCAGUUACUCUUAUACAGUUAAUUCAAAGCUCAUAAAUGUUCUUUGUUUUCCUCAUCUGAAUAUAUUAUUGUAUGGUGCUUUAUAUAUGCCACUAACAGUAACCUUUAAACUAUAUCAUAGGGAGGCCUGAGUUUUUAUUUUCAAUGUACAGAAAAGAAGCCAUCCCAAUAUUCUGAUAAAAUAAAUCAUGCCUUAAAGUAAAAUAAAAACAUAUAUAUAACUUUUUGAUGAUUUACAGUAGCAUUAGCCACGCAAGCAUAGAAGAGCUAGAUUGUUCUCAAUUUCACACUAAUCAUAACAAGUCCAAAUACCUAUUUUGAAAUAAAAUGGAAGAUAUAAAAUAUGGGAAGCCCUGGGUCACAUUAGCAUGUUUUCCUCUAAAAAAAUAUUUCUAAGAGACAUUCAUCUCUAUUAUUUCUUAAAUAGGUUGAUAAAAUAUUUAUUGGAUGCUGCUAAGCUCUUUAAUUCAAAUAAGCAAUUCAUUAUGGCCCAAUCUUUCACAAAUAUUCCACUGUCUUGGGAUGGUUGAAUGAGAGACAGACAUAUAUAAUAUUGGAGGAUCUGAUAAAAUUUUUAUAUUGAGAAGUGUAGUAACCUGAAAUUAAGGAAUAAGCCUGCAGUUCUGCAAUGCAGUUCUGCACAUCCACAUAUAUAUUUUUGCCAUGUCACUCCUUCAGUUUACCAAAAUUGGGUCUCAGAAAAAAUGUAGACUUGUACACAUACAUAAAAAUUUGCAAGCUUGAGGCCUUGAGUUUUACAUGUUGUCAAUAUACUAUACAUUGAUAUGAGGGUAAAUGUUCAAAAAAACCAAAGAAAAUAGUAACAAAGGCUAACCUUGCUCCCCAUGACCUGGCAAAUAUUCCUGCAGGCCAGGAAGUAUAGUGGUAUGAAGCCCAAUGACAAUUAUGUCAUUUGUUGCUUCACCAUUUAAAAAAAUUCAUUUAUGGUGAACAGCUUGGUGGAUUAAUUUUACCAUAUUAUGGUAUAUAAAGAACAUGUAGUGGUGUUACUAUGUUUCUUUCUAUGAAAAGUGUAUUGGUGCUUUAAGACUGAAAAGCUGUUAAACCUUAUUUUUGGUGUAUUUUGUUUCUGUUUUUGAAUUUCACUGCAACUUGUAAACUGGUUCAUACUCUUCAUAUUUCAGAAUACGAUAUUCUGCCUUCUCUUUUGCUACAUGUACUACCUCAUGUGGUUAGGCAAGCUUUGUUAGUUUUUUUUAAUCUGUUUUGAAUAAAAAUAAUUUACAUUGUAA